ACCACAAAUGGUUCUUCAUUUGGACUAAAUUUUUAGUGUUAAUUUAUGUAAAUAUAAAUGAAAAAAUAAUUAUUCAUGGCACGCAAUAACCAGUACACUAAUCACAAUUUUAUGGAAGACAUGCGGCAUAUAAUAAGUGAAAUGGAAAACUUAAAACCAGAAGCAGAAGCUUGUAACGUAUCAUGCCCAACAUUUGGAUGUACCGAAGGACCUUGUUCAGAAAAGUUCAUAAAUAGUGUAGGAUAUAAUUCAGCAAACAGUCCGCAACUAAAACAUGAAUCUUCGACAAUAGCUUCUCGUUAUUUAUCCUGCGCAUCAAAUUCGCCUAAAACAUUUUCUUCCUCAUCUCUAACAUUUUCACCACCAUGCAAAAACAUUAAUUCGUCUUGCGCUAUUUCUGUUUGCCAAGUACCAUCGACAAAGUUGAGAAUUCCUCCAAGACAUUCAGGACUUACAUCCAAUUUAGAAUCUUCACCAACUCAAAUUUGUUAUCCGCCAGUCCAAGGUUUGAUUAAUGCCAAUAUACAAAUUCGUCAACAACAACAAAGUUUACAAUUACCUCGUUCGAUUUGCAUACCAGAGCAACCAUUACAACGAUAUCAAACUUUUACAUCGCAAUUCCUCCAUCAACAACCUUGCCCACAAUCAUCAUCUUAUAUGGUGUCUAUUCCGUUCCAGUAAGAUUAGUAACCGGCAGAUUAACAACUUUCUCAACAGCAACAUUUCUUGCUUGUGUCAAUGGACUAGCCAGUGGAAAAUCUACAAAAUCCUCAUUAACAUUUACACCUGUCAUUUAAAAAAGUAACUUUUAGCAUCCAAACCUAUUGAGUGUAUCUUUGAUAAUAAUUUUUU